AUUAAAGAGAUAAUUCCAUGAAUAUUUCGCCUAUGCAUUUCUUUUUUGACAGAGUAUAUUUUAAUUAAAAAAAAAUAAAAAAUGUUCACGUUGAAUAAUCAUGUUGGGUAACAUAUCAUUACCCCAAAUGAAUUUUCUGGAUCCGCCACUGACUAUGCAUAUUUACUUUUAAUUUUUAAUUUUUAAUUUUUGUAUUAUUAUUAUUUUUUUGGUUUGUUUCUCCGACAUGUGACUGGAUCUGCAAGAACUGGCCUCGGUGCUCUUUGGAUAAGAGACUAUAUUUAUCUAAAGAGAAAGGAAGAAAAUGAAUAGAUUCAACGACUGGGGGAUGACACAAGGUAGAUGUAGAACAACAACCGACCAUGAAAGAAAUCUUAAGAGGAGUGUUGAUGAUGCGAAGAGGAAGCGUGAGUUAAUUAACAUUGGGUGUGAGCGUGACCGGUGGGCCGACCUGCAAGAACGUCUUGGAAUCGACAGCGAAGAACUCGCAGCCGCUCUAAUGGAUUAUUAUGAACUUCAUAAUAGUUGUCACAUGGUAACGCCCACAUCAGAGACCCCAGCAGCAUGCUGUUCUGGAGUAUCAAAUACUGUGGCACAAAAUUAUUCAAACAGUACAAUUUCGGAUACCAACAACUGCCAUAGCCAUGAACAUCAGAAUGGUGAUCCAUACUCGGUGAGUGCUGGUGACAAAGAAGAAGAUUCAGUGAAUAACAAUAACGAAAAGUCAUCCACAUCUGAAUCCUUGUCUGUGAGUGAGAGUCUACCUAGUCGCCAGCCCGAUGUGAUGUGCACGAAUCAAACAAACCAAAUCGAGUCUGGAGCUGGGCCAGAUUCUCAAUCAGAUGCAACAGAUAAAGAUGAAGAUGACUCUGGUGAAUCCUUUUGUGGCUAUCAGUCGCUGGAUGAAGAUUUUGUCACAUUCAGAGAUUCCACUUCAGAAGAUGACCUUGAACAACAGAAGAAGAAGAAGAAAAAGAAGCGCAAGAAGGAUAAUGAUGUAGAUUACGAACCCAAACGACAGAAGGAGAAGAAAAAGAAGAGCAAACAGGAUGAUGAUGAUGCUGCUGCUGCUGCUGAUGAUGAAGAUUCUGAAGACAGGGCUGCUGAUGAUGAGUCUGGAGAUACUGAUGACAGCUUUGGUGAUGUCUCAUCAAAAGAUGAUGACCAUAAAAACCUAAAUGAAAAACCUGCUAUGAUAAAAAAUGCUGACAAUGAAUAUGUCUGCACGGUUUGCCCUGCAAUUUGUUUCAGUGAUGAAGCUGCAGAUGCACACCUUGUUAGUCAUAGUGAGAGUUGGUGUGAGAAAUGCGACAAACAGUGUUUAUCUGUCACUUGUUUAAAAGCUCACCAAAGUCGAUGCCAAGGAUACAGUACGUUUACUUGUUUAUUUUCUGGUUGUGAGUAUACUGUGCGGUCUAGGUAUGCAGUUUUUAAACACACCGUGGCAGUCCAUUCCAAGGAAAAGCUGUUCGAAUGUGCACUGUGCUCAUUUGACACAAGUUUGGUGAAUGGUUUCGUGAAUCACAUUAAAACAAGUCAUUACAUUUCACCUGUUUUAAAAAAAGGAAGGACUUCAUGUGAAAUCUGUGGGACCAAGUUCCGAGGGCAAAGAGUUUUAAGAGAACACAAACGCAGUAUCCAUGGAAUUGAGGUCCCUGAACUGCAGGCCAUUUGUGAGGUCUGUGGCAAGGUUUUCAAAAAGAACAGUCUCAAGUCUCACAUGAACAAUACACAUCUAGAUCAGGCUGUCCCCUGUGAGUUUGAUGGCUGCAGUAGUAUAUUCGUGACGAAAAUGAAAAUGAAACAGCAUUACAGACAUGUCCAUUUGGGCAUCAAGGCUGUGAAGUGUCCUUUUGAAGGCUGUUCGUAUGGGUGUCACAGUAAGUGCAGGAUGGACAUCCAUUAUAACAUGGUUCACUUGAAAGUGCGGAGCAUCCCUUGCACGUGGCCGGGCUGUGACAAACGCUUCUACCGGGAUACCCAUCUGGCAGUCCACCUGCGUAUCCACUCCGACGAAAAGCCACUUAGCUGCGAACUGUGUGAGUACAGGUGUAGACAACGUGCUGCAUUAAACUGGCACAUGAACAAACAACAUAAGCCUGAGGUUUGUGACGAGAAUGGCAGUCAUCUUGGUGGAAGAGUUAAUAGAGUGAAGAGCGAUACAUCUGUGGAAGUUAACAUUCCACCUGCUGGGGUUCCCGCAGUCACACAUGCUAGAAAACCCGGACGAAAGGGAAAGAAAGAAAAGAACUGAACAGUAGACACACUUAAUAUUAUGAGACCAAGACCCAAAGAUUCUACUGUUAAAAUAAAACAAAUAACAAGACUAUGUAGUGUGUGUGUGUGUGAGAGAGAGAGAGAGUGUUUGUGAGUAUGAGAGAGAGAGAGAGUGUUUGUGAAUGUGAGAGAGAGAGUGUUUGUGAGU